AUGUCGGCCGAAUUCCUCGCACUCCUGCAGCAGCAACGGCCGCACUCCACCAACGUGCCAACGGACACCUUCGUCGAUGCCACGUACAAGUCUCGCAUGCCGGAGCUCGUCCGCGACUGCGUGGCCAUGAACCGAGAGAGCUGCUCCGAAAAGCAGUGCCAGCGCCUGCUGCAGCUGGAGAGCGACAUGAUCAACGACGCCAAGAUCCCGCUGCCCUCGCAGUACCCCGAGCAAGCCGCCAAGUCCAGCACCAGCUCCGAGUGGGAGGCGCUGCUGGCCGGCAAAGACUACACGUGGCAGAACGCGCCCUGGUUUCUGAGUGAACACUACAUGUUCCACCUCAUCCUGCUGCUGACCGAGUACUACACGACAGGCAUCGACCCGUUCCGGCCUUCGAAGGUGGCGGAGCUGGCGAAGGACACGCCCUGGCGACUGCUGCAGACGGCUGUCGACCUCUCGGCUCAGGAGGAGCCGAGCUCGGAAAGCCACCACGACCAGCUCAAGCGGUUCAUGAAGCUCUGCCUCUGGGGCAACAUGGCCGAUGGCUGCAACAAGGACGUCAAGGAGGAGGUCAGUGGUGCCGACGCCUCGUUGGACUUCGACGACGACAUACUGCUCGUAGACCACAGCGACCGAGUGAUCUCGUACUUGGAGCAGAAGGCCCGCGAGGCUGGCGACGCCAAGCGUCUGGGCGUCGAGUACAUCAACGACAACAGCGGCACGGAGAUGCUGCUGGACCUGGCAAUGGCCGACCACUUGCUGACGCACAACUGGUGCGGCAAGGUGACCAUGAACGUCAAAGCGGAGCCCAUGUUCGUGUCGGACGCGAUCGUCUCCGAUGUCCAUGAACACAUCGCCGAGAUGCAGCGCUCGACACGCACGCCGGAGGUGCAGGUCCUGGGCGCGCGGCUCGCCGAGUACGUCCGCAACGAGCAGCUCGUGAUUCGAGAUGACAUCGCCUGGAAUCGCUACCUGUUCUUCCACGAGCUGCCGGCGGAGCUCCACGCGCGGCUGGCCCGAGAGGCGACGCUGGUGGUCAUCAAGGGCGACCUCAACUACCGCCGCCUGCUGUGCGACCGGAUCUGGCCGGCCGCCACGCCCAUCGAAGACGUGGUGCCGUACUUCCCCACGGCGUUCUCGAACUUGGUGGCCGGCGUCCCGCCUGAGGUCGUGGCGCAGUGGGAAAUGGAGGACCCCAUGUGGCCGCUCAAUGGUAGUUGCGGCAAGCUAGCGGACGAAAGUCGCGAAGUUGAUGUGAUCGCCGGGCAUUCACCCGAGCCACGGGAGACUGCCCCGCUGAAAUGCGUGCUCGGCAGGUGGUGCAAGGAGCCCGCGCUCUGGAUCGCCACCGUUUGA